AUGAAGUAUUCCUUAAGCCCUGACAACUACUCUGAAGAUGGAAUUAUGAAUAUGGCAACUUUUCUAAGGGGCUUUGAAGAAAAAGGGAUAAAGAACGACAGGCCUGAGGACCAGCUGAGUAAAGAGAAAAAGAAAAUUCUCUUCUCCUUCUGUGAGGUGUGCAACAUCCAGCUAAACUCUGCAGCCCAGGCCCAGGUCCAUUACAAUGGCAAAUCUCACCGCAAGCGAGUCAAGCAGCUGAGUGAUGGACAGCCCUCAUCCCCAGCCCAGGGCUCCGGGCCACCACCCCCAGCCAGCCCCAGUACCCACACCAGCACAGGCAGUACAUGCCAUACUACUACCCUUCCUGCUCUUGUGCGUGCACCUACCCUGAUGAUGCAGCCUUCACUGGAUAUCAAACCGUUUAUGUCUUUUCCAGUGGACAGUAAUUCUGCUGUUGGGCUCUUUCCAAAUUUUAACACAAAAAGAAGAGGCUUAUUUGGGACCAAUAAAUUCUGCCAGAUGGAUCCUGUGCAAAAAGCAGUCAUUAACCACACAUUUGGAGUGUCCAUUCCCCCAAAGAAGAAACAAGUUAUUUCUUGUAAUGUCUGUCAGCUUCGCUUUAACUCGGAUAGCCAGGCCGAGGCCCACUACAAAGGAAGUAAACAUGCCAAGAAGGUCAAAGCACUAGAGGCAACGAAAAAUAAACCCAAAAUGGUUUCUUCCAAGGACAGCGCAAAGGCUAAUCCCAGCUGCUCCAUCACUCCCAUCACAGGCAACAACUCUGACAAAUCAGAAGAAAAAGGGAAGGUAAAAGGCAGCGUUUCCAAUCAAGUAUCAAGUUCUGAAGGUGGUUCAUUUCUUCCCAAACCUGGCACAACAGCCCGGCCACCUGCAGCAGCCACUUCUCCCUCCAAGAGCAUGAAUGGAGCGCCUGGUACUGUUUCUGAAUCAGAAGAAGAAAAAGCCAAAAAACUGCUUUAUUGUUCACUAUGCAAAGUGGCUGUGAACUCCCUGUCACAGCUAGAGGCACACAACACAGGAUCUAAACACAAGACUAUGGUUGAAGCUCGUAAUGGGGCUGGUCCAAUUAAGUCCUAUCCAAGACCUGGAUCAAGAUUAAAGAUGCAGAAUGGCAGUAAGGGGUCAGGACUACAAAACAAGACAUUUCAUUGUGAAAUCUGUGAUGUUCACGUUAAUUCAGAAAUUCAACUCAAACAGCACAUUUCUAGCCGAAGGCAUAAGGAUCGAGUUGCUGGGAAGCCAUUAAAGCCGAAAUACAGCCCUUACAACAAACUGCAGCGGAGCCCAAGCAUUUUAGCAGCAAAACUUGCAUUCCAGAAGGAUAUGAUGAAGCCUCUGGCACCGGCCUUCCUGUCCUCGCCUCUGGCGGCGGCGGCGGCCGUGUCCUCUGCGCUGUCUCUGCCGCCCCGGCCUUCGGCCUCGCUCUUCCAGGCUGCAGCCAUCCCUCCCGCUCUGCUGAGGCCGGGCCACGGCCCCAUCCGCGCGACCCCUGCCUCCAUCCUCUUCGCCCCAUACUGAUGUUCCGCAAGCCCCCAGACGGUUGAGGCGAUAGGGAAGUAGAGCAGGAAAGCCAAAAAAGGAUUCAGCAAUUCGAGCAUUUUGAGUUGCAGUGCCGCACCCAGCUGCAGAAUGCAGCAUACCACCCUGAGCCCUGACUCCAAAGAGAAAGUCACUGAGAUUCAAGAGUGUUUUUCGGGGGGCGCUCCUGUAAUUUCGGAAUCUGAGCAGCACAAGCUUUGUCUCCCUCUUUCCUCCCCCUGCCCGAACCCAUUCAAUUUGUGUAUCUGAAAUACUGCGUUUCUUGCAAAUGUGUUUGUCAGAAAAAAAUAUAUAUAUGUGCAUAUAUAUCAUUCUCUGACAAUUUUUCCAUGGGUGUGAUCUGGCUUAGAAACAAUAUGGAAUAUUUUCCUGACAGACUUGAAAAACUAGGGUCUUCCUCACACGUCUGUAAAUAAUCCUGGAAUCCAACUGGGCACAUUUUAGUGUGGAACAAAAAUAGAUGAACACAAGUGCUUGCUUGUGGAUACCAUCUUACCAACGGAUCACCGCGUUUUCUUUCUGGUGUACUCUUGUUGACAGGGAUCGUGUACUGUUUUAGACCCAAGUGCUGUGUAUCCUGUGUAGUACUAGAUCUGUAUUUCUUGUCUGAAUUAACACUUUUAGUUGCUGUGUAAAUGUUAGGAAGCAAAGUAGCUUUGAAUUUUCUCUUUGAGAGAACAAAAGAUUAAGUAAUGUAUUUUCUUUGUUUUACAUUUUAUUUGGUGAUAUUUAAACAAAAUAGAAAGCCAUAUAACAUAGCUCUGAUUACUACCUGUCUGCUAUUUUUGUUUAACUUAUUUUGGAGCUUCCUCACCAGUUUUGAGUUGCUAAGCAAAUGUAUACAAACAGAAAAAGAGCUUCCUAAAUUGCACAUUUUUGCACCUCUCGUGCACUCUGCAAGAAGACAAUGAAUCUAUGUAUUUCUAUGUCAUUAUCUUCGUUUUUAACCUGUUUUCAUUUGUAAUGAUGCUACAUAAUUUUGUGGCUCCCCAAUGCAAUAAUGUACAGAAGAUAAAAAAAAUUUAUAAUUGAACAAUCUGUGUUUCUGUUCACUGAAUCUGUUGCAGGUCAUGCUUCCAUGCCCCCGUUUCUAAGCUGAUAUCAACAAGACUGGAAUGUUUGUGAUAUCAGGGGCAAGAGGUAUAAGACAGCAAAAUAAAAUGAACUCUUUUAGAGCAUCUGUAUCUGCAAUCUGUAAAUGGU